AAAAUCAAAUGGGCAACUAUCUGACAAGCACAGCAACGGCUGAGGAGCAUCAUGUCCGUGUUAGACCAGCAAGGAGACUGAAAAAUGAACAGGGAAGACCGAUCGUUAGACUCGAAGACCUUCCGGAGGAUGUGCUCCGUACGAUUCUAUCAAAAUUGCCCGCAAAGGAGGCCGUGCGGUCCAGCGUUUUGUCCCGCGAGUGGAGAUCCGUGUGGACAACCUGCACCAAGCUGAGCUUCAAUGGCGCCGAUGCGUGUUGGAGUGGUGGCGGGAAAGCGGAGCAGCGGCAUACCCAGGUGUUCAUCGACCACGUCAAUGCGGUUCUGCAGAAGCACCGUGACAGGGCUAUCGAACAGUUUGAGGUUAAAUUCACAUUGGACAGCAAGCUUGCUGACCAUCUCGAUAGCUGGAUUAGGUUUUCGAUGUCGUCCCAGACAAAGAAUCUGGCUCUUGAUCUGGCACCACCGUCCAAUUUCCUCAGGCAUGGGGAUCAUUACAGAUUCCCGUUUGAGCUUCUGGACAAGGAAGGUGUGUCGUGCCUACAGCGUCUUCAGCUUUGCUUUGUGUCUUUCGAACCACCGCCUGCCCAGUUCCUAGGUUUCCCGAACCUAAGGAAGCUUGCUCUCCAUGUACUCAACACCACGAGCAAGGAUCUCGACAGUAUAUUGGGCACUUGCUGUAAACUCGAGUGGCUGAGCAUCGCGAGAUGCCAUCUGAAGGACGAGCUGAAGGUGACUCGGCCAUUGUCCCGCCUGCAUUACCUGAAAGUCAUGUACUGCGACAUAACCAAGAUAGACUUCCAUGCUGCAAACCUCUCCACUUUUGUUUACAAUGGACGAUUCAUACCUGUUGCCCUACGUCGUGCUUCCAAACUGGAGAGUGUGAAGAUUUGGUUCAGCGGUACAACAUUUCAGCACGCUCUCGCCUCACUUCUGGACGGGCUUCUAGAUGUACAGAACCUGACGUUGCAGCUUUCUUGUCAACGGCUAGAGACCCGAUGGGUGUUAAACAGCCCUCGCAUGUUUUCUCAGCUCAGGCAUGCGCAGAUACUGCUUCUCCUUACCGAUGAAGAUGAGGACAAAAUUCUGUACUUGGUUUCUUUUCUCAGGGCUGCUCCCUUCAUUGAAAAGCUUGAAGUACAUUUUCUUGGCCUUCCCUCUUUGUGGUUUGCAAAUGAUGGCCCUUUGAGACAAGAAAUACCCACAAGUGAAUACAAAUACGUGAAUCUGAAGAAUGUACGCGUUACAGGAUUCAGAGGAGCAAGAGGCCAAGUUGAAUUCCUUGUGCAUGUUGUGGAGAAUGCCCCUGGGAUACAGGUGGUGACUGUAGAUACAACUCAAAGACUAACUGAUGCUUUUGAUCCAGAUGAAGCAACCCCAACACUAGAUAGUGUUGCCCUUGAUAUUGUUAGAGGUCCUCUCCUUAAGAGACUCCCAUCGCAUGCAAAACUUUCACUUGUUUAAGAUAGAUAGGUAGAGGUAGCUGUGUACUUUUAAACUCCAUAGAAGCAACAAGUGUAAUACUACAGUACAUUUAAUCUGUUUUAAGGCUAUGCAAA